GUUCCGCGUAUUUUACCUUGCUCUUUUACAUUUAUUGCUGUAUUGUGUUACCAUGGAUAAUAACGCCGACCAUCCCGCUCCUGCCGUUAAUUUCCAGGAUGCAACCGCCCAGGUUGAGGCAUACCUGCAGACCCUGGCGCCGACGACGUCCACAUUGUAUUUUGAUCAUUUUAAGAUGUUGGAAAUCCCAGCAACGCCAUUGCUUGCCCAGUUCACCAACAUCCAAUCCAUCACUGCGGCCAAGUGUGGCCUUACAUCGCUCGCCAAUCUCCCCAGUAAAGCGACAUUGCAGUCGCUGUACUUGGAGGGCAACGCUCUUUCCGGAUCGGCCUUGGAGGCCCUCCGUGACUGUCACUCCCUCCGGCAGCUCCACCUUCCGGACAACCUGUUUGACUCGGCGGAUGACUUCCGACCGAUCCGAAACCUGCCUUUGGAUGUACUGGAUGUCGGAUACAACCCGAUCACCCGCAGUUCGUCCUGUCAGGAAGCACUGGAGCUGCUGUUUCCCAACACCGACAUCCAAGUGACCGGACACCUCGUCCAGGAGGAUUCCAGCAGCGAUGAGGAAUCGGAAUUAUAUGUUUCCGAUACUGAAUUCGAAGAAGAAUCCACCAAGGAUUCUGAAGAAAUGGCAGCCGCCGUCAAGGCGCUGGAAGAAGAUCCGGAUUGGGAAAUGGAUCAUGUGAGCAACUCGUGCUCCGAGGAUUCUGCGGAUUUGGAAAUGUAAUUUGUUUGUUGUUUUUCCGCUACUUGUGUUAUUUUUCUAGCAUUGUUGAAUGAAAUUAAUAAAAAUCAGUCG